GCAGACCGAGCCAAAACCGGUCGAGUGCAAUUUGUGCCAUCGGAAAUUCAAAAAUAUACCGGCACUCAAUGGCCACAUGAGACUCCAUGGCGGUUACUUCAAGAAGGAUGCUGAGAACAAGAAGAGCGAGAAGAAAGAGGUCGUCGGGCCGCCUUUACAAACCGCGUCUGUCAGCGUGAGAGCACUCAUCGAGGAGAAGAUUAUACAGAAAAGAACGACUGCAGCAGACACGAGCACGAACCAGCAGCCUCGCACGAACGCGACGGUUUUUACCACCCAAGCCGACAGUGCGUCGCAGAUUUCCGGUAAAACGAGCUUUGCCGUGCCAGCGCCGCCUCCAUUGGCCUCCGCGGAGAAAGUCCGCAGACUUUCGGAUGGCGAACACUUCCGGCAGCCCAAUGUCACCGUUUCCGGACACGCGACCGUGCAGAAGCAGCUGCAGGAAGCUCAGACUCAGGCUCAGGCGCAGGCGCUAGCCGACAUGAUCUUGAAGGGCACCACCAAAAUGGCCAUGAAGAGAACGACUUCCGACCCCGGGCAGAGAUUGCACUUGACCUAUCAGACGUCGGUCCAGUCGACGACCAGUCAGCAGCAACAACAACAGCAACAACAGCAGCAGCAACAGCAGCAACAACAACAACAGCAGCAGCAGCAAAGUAAUCAACCGCAAGCUCAGCCCGCGGUUACAGAUAGUUUCUCAAUGACAGGUUACUCCGAAGAUGGUGGCUACUUCAGUCCUAGUCUUCAGGAUGAAGUGUUCCAGCAGGUCACCGCAGUUCCUGACAGCGUUUUGCUUCAUGCUACUCAAUUGGACUCUCUUCAGUUUCAGACAGCAAGCCUCCUGCAAGAGCAACCAACUGAGCAGCUACAAGACAUUACCCUGGAAGACCGCUAUCCAUCUCAGCACACGGUGAACCCUGACCUGCAGGCGUUGGUGAACUCUCCGUUACCAGACUCGUUGGCUGAAUUCAGUACCUACGGUGCCCAAUAUACGGAAAGUCCUCACACGUUACCCACCCAGUCUCCUUUACCAUCUCCUUUAACGAGACACGACAGUCCGAGCUUCACGUAUCCAACGCCUCCAGCUAGCCAGGAGGGUCUCCUGACCGGGAGCUUCCCGCUAUUGAGUCCUCAAGAGGACCCUGAAAGCGUUAGACAAGUCUCGUCGCCACUAUCAGCGGCGUUCUACGCGACCACGAUGUCAUCCGCGGCGGCGGUGGAGGAAGCUCUGAGCGAAGUAUUGCCAGGCGAAUCCGAGGCAGACGCCGACCUCUACGGGUCCGGUUCACCCAAUCCACACUCACCACUGCCAAGUCCACUGUCAGCGACACCAGCUCCAUCGCCUUUGUCGUCUCUGCCGCCGUCCUCCGUUUCAUCGCCGGGACCUGUCUCGUUCACAGGCACCAGUUUCCCUGUGUCGCCGCAUCAUGCUCUUCAGAACCAGAUGAUGCCCAACUCGGAGGAUCCGCUGCUCUCGUCGACUCCCAAGGACUUCACGACAGCCAGCCGUAGGCGAUUCGAGUUCCAAUCCUACAAGUUCAUCACGAGCCAAAACUUGGUGGACUUUGGUCUUGGUAACGGUAGCCUGGCUGGUAUCGUGGUGGACAACAACGGUGAGUUCAAGCUGAUACAGACGGCUGGACUACAGAAGACGAACGUUCUGGUGCAGACUGGCUCCCUGAGUCCAGCGUUGACGUUCAAGAAGGAGAUGCGACUGGCUACGCCCAAAAUGGAGCCUGUCACCGUGAACCUGGGUCUGAACGUUCAGACUAACCAUCAGUACAACGCUGGCCAGUUCAACCAGCAACAAGUGGUGAACCCGACCAAGUUUCUCAUACAGACCAACGUGAGUAAGAACAAUAACAUGAGGCAGAAGACAGCUAGUGGGAAUCUGCCCAUCCCGGUGGAGCAGAUCAAGGAAGAGCUUCUGGACGAGGAUGUCUUUCUUAAUCCGAGUAACGUACCGACUGGCAGUCCUGUCAGACAGUGCAGAAAGAGGCCACGUAUGGAUGGAGGUUUAUAUGCUAAUACGUCGCACUCGUACCCGUCGAGAUUGAGGAAGGCUUGUGACCGACAUUGGGACAGUAGCUACACGCCUCCACCGAUUUUGGAUCCUUCUCGUCCUGGGCCUGGCCUCUACGCCAGGCUGCACCAGUACGAGAGGGACUCCGACUUCAGCUCCGACGACUCGCAAGGCAACGAUGGCCCUCCGCCUAGAAUUAACAUAGGCACGAGGUACCAGGCUACGAUACCGCCGAUCGGUAGCGAUGGAGACAGAGGCAAAGGCGAGCCAGAGGCUGAUCAUCUGCUCUGGGAUCCUGGUAUAAAUAACGUGCUGACGGAUAACGAAUUGGAAAUGUACCUACAAUUUGCAUGCUGCGCCGCGGUACCAGGUGGAGGAAGAAACAAAGAAUACGCGCUUCAUCUGCUGCACAUGUGCAAAGGAAAUAUUCAUGAAGCGAUGCUGAAGCUGAUGAGACCAACGCCCCCGUUGCCAGCGGAACAUCCGUUGUUGAGCUACGAGUGCCACGAGUCCGACCGAUGGACGUCGCAGGAAAUGGACGCAUUCUAUCAGGGCCUGCUGAAGUACAACAAGGACUUCUCUGCGAUCUCGCGAGACGUGGGUGGCAAGUCCGCGAAACAAUGCGUGCAAUUCUAUUAUCUGUGGAAGAGGCUCUGCCCGGACGAGUACAGGAGACUCCGUGUUCGUCACGGUAAACCAAAGAUUAAGACAGAGAGCAAGGAUUGCAAGGACACCAGGGAGCUCCGCGACGCCAUCGCGUCCGUCACGGAGAUGGACUUUAGCGAAGACAAAUCUAUUCUUCAUCGCACUCUGGUUAGUUCGCCUCGGGAUCGCAUUCCAAAUCUUCGAACUAUUACUGUAUCUUCCAACGAGCUUAGGUUCUCCAACUAUUUGUGUUGUCAGAGCUUUAGCGGAAGUGUAACAGUAACGAUGGCCGGGAGCACCCAAACCGCCCAAACCGGCAAUACCGGCCACGCCACAGUCAACACCAACUCACAAACUCACACUAGUUCUGAGCAACAACUACCCGUGCCCACCCCACUUCACUACCCCUGCAAGAUUUGCGGGAAAGUUUUCCACAAAGUGAAAAGCAGAAGUGCCCACAUGAAAUCCCACAGGCCAGUGCCCUCGCCCGAUUCAACGGGACAGGAAUCUAAGAGGCCUGUCCAGCAGCAGUCGAAGGCGCAGCAGCAGUCCCAACAAUCGAGCCAACAACGUCAGCAGCAGCAACCACAGCAACAGCAGCAACAGCAGUCACAGCAGCAACAACCGAGCAGCGUGUCAUCGCAGGCCCAAGACUACAAUCAGCAGCAACUGCCUUCAAGCAACGGCGACACCAGCGCUCAGAAUCCAGCGCAUUUAUGGCACAACCCGACCCGGCUCAGGCCACCAUAGGACGAUGCCCAGCCGGUUCAACUAAAGUUACCUUAACGAAGGCUGUAACGGUACGGUAGGAAAGUAUUUUACGGUCGCGCGAACUACGUAAAUAGGCACAGGCACUACUAAGAGAAAAGAAAAUAUAUUAAUCACGAUCGUCGAAGGAUCGUCGAUGACCACGACGGAGGCGCGUGGAAACAUAGAUCAGUGGCCGCCACAACUGUGUCUCACUCACCCACGGUGUCGCACCUGAACGCUCCUGAACAGGCAGGCACGUUGACUGACGUUUAGGCGAGGUUAAACGAGCAAGGACACUUCCACGAUAGAUAAUGUAGUUCCGUGAAGAAUGAAACGAAGCCGAGUAGAAAGAGAAGAGGAGAAAAGCAAACGAAUAAAAAGAAACGAGAAUACCUCUUGUACGCGCUAUGGACCUGAGCGAAGCGAAGCCCCGCGUGUUCUCUGCCAGGCCAGCCAUACCUAUAUAAGUUAAACCUACGCGAUCAUACACAGGUGAGGAACGCGUGCACCCGGAAGACGACUCGCGAGGCGCCUCUAUCGUCGUCGAUUAAUAGAAAGAAAGAAGAGACUCGGCCAAGACAGCCCUAGUUUUUAAAAUGAAAGACCCAGCGAGAAGAGGAGAGAUCGACCGAUUGACGAAACGAGGAUAGGGGUCCCUCGAGGACGUUACCUUCGCAGCCGUAGUCGAAGCUCUGUUCAACGAGGAGACAGGGUACCCCGGAAGUCCACCCUCUUUCAUGUGAGAACGUGGGAUGGAUGAAAACAACGCGACAGUCCAGCAACGGCAGCGGCAACAGCGAUCGGUUGGAUUGUCGAUGGGAUAAUAAUCGAACGUGCAAGCUUUCCGUCUGAUUUUCCUAUUUUCUUUUUCUUUCAUUUUUCGUUUCUUCGAUUACGAACCGGAGGACACUGGAGGUGGACGAGAACGUCGUCGACGGAAACGAAUGGCCUAGAGGAAAGCUCUUGUACACGAGCGACAACCAAGCCGGACGGUGUUUCGAGUCCUUUCCCUUUUUUCGAUACUAGCAACUAAGCAGGGGCUAAAACUUCACUGGACGUGUUAGAUAAGGGAAUAAUUAGCCACGAUCAGUGCGCUCUAACGAUUAUCCGCGGUUCUCGAUGUACCUAUUAUGGCUAUAUGCACGUGAAAUGUUCCCAGGAUUGUGCCACGAGACAUUAACUGUUACCUGUUGCCUCUUUUUGUCAUUUUUUCAACGUUUUAGACUACCUUUAUGCGCCUUUCUUUUCCUUUCAACGAUCUUUUACCUGUCUUCUUCUUUUCGAUGACCGUGAACGGGAUCGGCCUGCGAAUCCAAUCGGAUUUAAUUGCAAAAUCAAAUUGUACUCUCGUUUGAAUAUCUUUUGCAAAUGUGAUUCGAAUUGGCAACGAAAAUCGAAAAAAAAAAAAUGAAUCGAAAUUGAUCAAAGGUAUGAUUUAACGCCUCGCGAAUAUAGUCAAAAUUCGUCUCUUUGAUAAACGGACGAUUCGCGAGCAGAUCCCGUGAUUCUAAAAUGAUGAACUCGACUUGUUGCACGUUCGCUCUAGUUCUACUUAGUUUAAAAAAAAAAAAGAAUUACAUUAGCGUAUUUAAAUGUGGAUAAGUAAGCGAUCACUUGUCAGAGAAACGUUCGUAGAUUUGUUGAAGCUCCCCAAGAUUUUUGUUACCUCUGUUACUUAAUAUAUAUAAUAUAUAUAUAUUAACUAUAUUUGUCAGAAUAAAUUUUAAUAUAUAUUAUAUAUAUAUACAUAUUAUACAUAUGUAUAAACAGAUCGAUGUAAUUUGAAGAUGAUUCGUAGCCUAGGCGAGAUAUAGUUCUCUAUAGAAGGAAAAAUUAAGAGAGAGAGAGAGAGAAAGAGAGAGACACGUUGUUCAAGUUUCACUUCGGCCCGCGAUCGAUCGUGUGCGAUCGCGAUCGAACUGUAACAUAAUUGAUUAUACAUACAGCCAUGAGUACAUUAUACAUACGCGCACCGAACGCAGACACGUGGUUAGAGAGCGUUUAUUUAAAUGAAUCGAGGUGAACAAAGAAUUUAAAAGAUGAAUUAAGAAAAUGAACGAAGAGAGGAAAGAGAAAAAGAUGGAUUAUUAUUCGACUAACACGAUCGCGUUAGAUCACCACUCUAUGUGUACAUAAUCUGUGUACAUGUCUGUACAUAAUUCUAAACGUCAGUGUCUGUAUGUACAAUUCGAAUGAAUUUUAACGCAAAAAAAAAAAAUAUACGUAGGCUAGGUUUUAGGUUGUUUUAGGAGGGAUCUAUAUUAUAAAUAAAGUAUAUAUACUUGGCUUGAUUUUCUACCUUACUAGGGACUACGUGGCGAAAUUCUUGAACGAGCGAUAGCGCGUCGACCUGGGCAUAAAUUUCACGAAUUUUUAUCCUUUCGUUUCGAGCGAUCGCGACGAUGUUCCUGUAUGUAAGGUGCCUUAAAUGAUUGUUUGCGUUGAUUAGAAAUUGUUACCAUGCGGCCGUUGACACCACGUUGUUUCAUUUUUAUAUUCUCGAACUCUAUUCGAUAGGUAGUACAAAUGUAAUUUAAUUAACGGUUAAUUAUGUUAGCGAUUAUUUAGCGGUUAUUAUCGUUUAAUUUACGUUUUACGUUGCCAUAUGAAAUUCGGCCUACGCGGCGGAAAUUCGAUGUUGCUUGUUUUAGUUACGUUUUAUUACGUUGUUUGCUUGUUUUGAGUGUAUAUACAUAAAUAUAUAUAUAUAAAUAUAAAUAAAUAAAUAAAUAUAUAUAUAUACAGGAACAUCGUUUCCCCGGCGAAAUUUUUGCACAAUGUGAAAAUGUGAGAAAACGAAAAUGUAAAUUUGGCGUUCACACCAGCUCCAAUGGUGUACAUCUCGUGUGAACCGGCCAAAAAUCGUGCGCGUCCAAUGGUCGACCCGCUCGUGAUCGUCGCUCAAGCAUUUACACGCCGAUCGUAGCUGCUCUAACUCUACCUUAAAGAUAUUGUUAUUGUUAACACUCUUCUUCUUAUUAACUUUUACCAUUAAAAGGAAUAAAAAAAAAUCACGAUAUACAUUUUAACUUUUUAAACUUUUCACGUGUAAAAAGGGGAAAGAGCGAGAAAAUGAGAUGCAAGUGACUGAGGAUGCUUUUAAAAGAAUCUGCCAAGUUUUAGAGGAAACAAAGGGGAGAAAAGAGAGAGAGAGAGAGAGAGAGAGAGAGAGAAAAAGAAUACGCAGAACGAAAGAAAGAGGAUCCACGUAAACGAUGGCUUUAAAAAUUUUCCAAUGUUGUUUUUAGUCCGAGAUAUGCGAGCGAUGAAUGUCGUAACGUUUGCAAAACCAGCGAUUGCGUGCGAAAAUAGAGAAUGAGGAACGAGAGAGAGCGAGAGAGAAAGAUCUGCGAAAAAGGAGCAAAAGCUUAUGUUUGGCGUUCGGCAUUCGUAAAGAUUCGUUGGAUUUUAAGCUUACGAGAGAAUCGUCUGUCUCUUAUGCGUGUGUGUCCUGUGUUUCUUCCACGUUUUCCCUUUCCAACCCUUUCAAACCCCUGACUCACCUAUGAAAAGGAAAAAAAAAAAGAAAAAAGAAAGAAAGAAAAGAAAAUGUGUAACGCGCUGUUCAAACGACAAACGUUCCGGCCACGCACCAUUCGUUCAUUUACAGACAAGAAUUGCGUAUCGAUAGAGGAAAAAAGA